AUGAGAAGACAGGCCUUAUUUGAGGCCCCGCUGCUGUCCGUGUCUAACGGCUCUCAGGGUUGUCAACCACCCAGUGAGCCGGAGAACGGAGGAUAUAACUGCCACCCCUCGCCGUGCCACAGACUGACCCAGGGUACUGUUAUUGAGUAUUUCUGUGAUGAGGGUUACAUUUUGAAAGGAGGAUAUCAAUUCCGAACCUGUGACAAUGGAGAGUGGAAGUCGCCCAUGCAGAUCAGCUGUCACCCUGUGCAAGGGGAGGAGCAGCAGUCCCAGCUGCCCAUGCCGGCUCUGUCUAUUGUAGCUUCCACUGCCAGCUCUGUGGCCCUCAUCCUGCUGCUGGUGGUGCUGUUUGUUUUGCUUCAGCCCAAACUCAAGUCCUUCCACCACAGCCGCAGCCGGGAGCAGGGUGUGUCAGGACAGCCUACCUCCAUCAUGGUGGAGGGCAUUCAGGUCUCGCUGCCCUCCUACGAAGAGGCAGUGUAUGGCGCAGGCGGCAGUUCUGUGCCCCCUCCUGAGUCUCGGGUUCAGAUCGUGCUUUCGGAGGGCCCUCAGGCCGAGGGUUUGAACGAAGCUCAGGCGAGUUACAGUUUUCCCUCCACCUCGACGGCUGCGUCCUUGUGUCACGCAGAGACUGUAUUGGUUCACCAGGUGCCCUCUUCCUCCUCUCCAUCCUCCUCAUCCUCUCCCUCUUGGGCUGCUGAGCAGCCUGGUGCCGCUGCGCCUCUCCACCGCAGGCAGAGCAGCGAGAGCAGCGAUCAGCAUAGCUUGCUUUCAGUCACCUCUGCUGAAGACUAUGGCGAUGAUAUUCCAUUGCUUAAGGAAGCCUGAGUCUGUGUGCAGUCACCCCUCUCUGUCAUCGCUGGCCAGGACUGUAACCCCUAAAGCUUCUCACCAAACACGUACCCCACAGCCACCUGUCAGAACGCAGCAGUAAAUAAGAUCCGACAGCUGUCCCUCUGCCAACAAAUCGCCCGCCCCUGGGGUCUACAAGCUGCGUGGCCCCCGAGGAGUCUAGCGGCUCUCUUCACAGGAAGAACCUUUAACCGGAUGACCCCUCAAAGGGAUGCGCAAAUGCUCGAGUUUUAACACGUCGCACCUUUUCUUGCAGAUGCGCUAAUAAUCAGUUGCACUCACAGGCUUACCUCGUCACGGCGAGGAUUCACUAAUUACAAAUGAAUGCAUUCAGAUUACGCUGUGGACCUCUGCUCCGUCAAUUACUGUGACCUCUUGCGAAGGGGAGAGUUCAGUGAGAAUUUGCUAAGCCAGGCAUUUUCUCUUUGAUGCUGCAUGUUCUGUGCAAUUUCGUUUUUCUGUUUCGUUCUACGCGCGUACACACAGGAGCACGGCACGAUCAAAGCAUGAUGCAUAGCACCAUCUCCACCAUCUCCUUGUGCGAGACGCAGGGUUGAACUGAUUUACACUGUACUGUAUUCAAAUACAUGCUUGCCUUUUUAUUUGUCAAGAAGUACCUGUGCUGUGCUCUGCGUGUGUGUAUGUGUGUUUCUGAUGCCUGUGCGACUGUGGCUGUUGUGAUUCGAAGAGGGCUGAAGUAUCAUCUAGGCUUCUUUUCCCCAAAA